GUUUCACUCUGUCACCCAGGCUGGAGUGCAGUGGUGUGAUCUAGGCUCACUGUAACCUCUGCCUCCCGGGUUCAAGUGAUUCUCCCAAGUAGCUGCAGUUACAGGUGCCCGCCACCAUGCCCAGCUAAUUUUUGUAUAUUUAGUAGAGACGGGGUUUAGCCAUGUUGGCUAGGCUGGUCUCCAACUUCUGACUUCAAGUGAUCUGCCUGCCUUGGCCUCCCAAAGUGCUGAGAUUACAGGUCACAGCAUAUUUGUGGAGGAAGAUGUCCCUGGUAGAUUUGGGAAAGAAGCUUUUAGAAGCGGCACGAGCAGGUCAAGAUGAUGAAGUUCGUAUUUUGAUGGCAAAUGGAGCUCCCUUUACUACAGACUGGCUGGGAACUUCUCCACUUCAUCUAGCAGCACAGUAUGGUCAUUAUUCCACCACAGAGGUACUGCUGCGAGCUGGUGUGAGCAGAGAUGCCAGAACCAAAGUGGACCGAACACCAUUACAUAUGGCAGCUUCUGAGGGCCAUGCCAGCAUAGUAGAGGUUUUACUUAAGCAUGGUGCUGAUGUCAAUGCAAAGGACAUGUUAAAGAUGACAGCUCUCCAUUGGGCCACAGAACACAAUCAUCAAGAGGUGGUGGAACUUUUAAUCAAAUAUGGUGCUGAUGUACACACGCAAAGUAAAUUUUGUAAAACUGCAUUUGAUAUUUCAAUAGACAAUGGAAAUGAAGAUUUAGCAGAGAUAUUACAGAUUGCUAUGCAGAACCAAAUCAACACAAACCCAGAGAGUCCUGACACUGUGACAAUACAUGCUGCAACACCACAGUUUAUCAUUGGACCUGGAGGGGUGGUGAACCUAACAGGUCUGGUAUCUUCAGAAAAUUCAUCCAAGGCAACAGAUGAAACGGGUGUAUCUGCUGUUCAGUUUGGAAACUCUUCUACAUCAGUAUUAGCUACAUUAGCUGCCUUAGCUGAAGCAUCUGCUCCAUUGUCCAAUUCUUCAGAAACUCCAGUAGUGGCCACGGAGGAAGUAGUUACUGCAGAGUCUGUGGAUGGUGCCAUUCAGCAAGUAGUUAGUUCAGGGGGUCAGCAAGUCAUCACAAUAGUUACAGAUGGAAUUCAGCUUGGAAAUUUGCACUCUAUUCCAACCAGUGGAAUUGGUCAGCCCAUCAUUGUGACCAUGCCAGAUGGACAACAAGUAUUAACAGUACCAGCAACAGACAUUGCUGAAGAAACUGUUAUAAGUGAAGAACCACCAGCUAAGAGACAAUGUAUCGAAAUAAUUGAAAACCGGGUGGAAUCUGCAGAAAUAGAAGAGAGAGAAGCUCUUCAGAAACAGCUGGAUGAAGCAAAUCGAGAAGCACAAAAAUAUCGACAGCAGCUCCUAAAGAAAGAACAGGAAGCAGAGGCCUACAGACAGAAGUUGGAAGCUAUGACUCGUCUUCAGACUAAUAAAGAAGCUGUUUAAUUGAAAUGAACAUGUAGUUUGAUUUUACUUUUGGUCAAGAAAGAAUACAAUCUUGAACUGUACACAACGAAGGUACAGCCAUGGGAAUACAGAAUGAUAGAAGAGACUACAGAUGGAUAAUUGGACUUAAGCCAUGAGCUCUGAGUUCUUGUAACAUAAAACUUUACUUUAGAAGUUGUGAAAUGUAUUUAAAACUGAAUUCUGUAAAUAGUUUUUUUUUUUACAGUUCCAAAUGAGUUGAUAAAGAUUGUUGAAGAGAUCCAAAACCAGAAUAAGCCACUGUUUUUGUGAAUUCUUUUUGAUUUUAGUACAAACCUUAAUUUCUCAGAAACAGAACAGUUUUAAGGGUGAUCGUUGUUGGUUAGACCAAAUGUUGUGUAAUAAUUAUGGUGGACUGAUGCUGGAAUUACUCCUGUAGGUAUAAACCUCUAUAUGAAGAGAAGAUUUCUCCCAGGAAAUCUUUGUACAGCUUUAAGUUGUGUCAGAUUCUCUGAAAACAUUUUUUAGGAAGCAAAAUUUUUAUAUUUGUUCAGUUUCAGCUAUACCCAAGUAGAUUUACAUGUAUAUGAAGCAAAUAUUUUUUAAAAUUUCUGUUUGUACAUAUUCUGCAUGUUUUAUAAUUUCAAAAUGCAUCACUUACAUAGGUAUUUCUCCCACAGAAAUGAUGAAAGUGACCAGAAAAAAACAAAAACAAAACCCCUUUACUCUGUAGGUCAUUGAAACGAAGUAAGCUGGCAGCUGGUUUUAUUGGAAUGACAGUGUUCUUGGAAGGAGCAGCCUACAAGAUAACUUGAAUUUGCCAAUUCUGCAAAAUCUGUGCUUUUUCGAAAAUUUAAGAGUGGGGACGUGAAACUGUAUUCUGUGCCUUCCAUCAUGAUUUCCACAUGAAAGCACUUUAAGGCACUGAUUUUAAGAUAAUGUUUUUGGAAAACCCAACGCAUAUGGGUUUCUGAAAUAUUUUAUGGACUUAUUUCUCCCCAGGAAAUUAUUCUUACGGAAAAAAAUUGCUUUUGUAUGUAGAACAGGAACUUUUUGUAAUACAGUGAUGCAAUAGACAUGUCUAAUGUAACUUCUACUUUUCCCUUUGAAAGCUCAGUGUCUGUGCUGUGACUUGCUCUCAUCACAAUAUUGUUGAAUUCCACAAUGUAUGGACAUUAAACACUGGCAGACUGUUCACUUUUUCUUUUUUUUUUUUGGUAAAAUAUUACUUCAAACCCCUUUUUCUUGCUUUAUUUUUCAGUGUUUUAUUGCUUUAUGAACUGUUUAACCCUGAAAUCCCUCUAGGUUAUCUAUACUGUAUAAAAAAGCAAUUACCCUUAAAACUGUACUCUGGCCUACUUUUCUAUUUUGCAAUUAAAUAUCUUUUUCACAUA